GUUACAUCUUUGCUAGGAAUUAUUGCUGGUAUUUAUGGUGCUUUGGUGGGAUUUUACGUAAUAUUAUUUGGUGAUCUCAUAAUUGAACCACGGGGCCUUGUGCAAGGUUUGUUUAAGAAUCGAAUGAAAAAGAAUCUUUUACCAUAUAUAUCUGGUACAAAAGAUGUAGAAGGAUAUGAUGAAAUAAGAACUCAAGAAGGUGAAGAUUUUGAAAAACUUUUACUACAACAAAGAGUUGAAGAUUUAGAAAAAUUUAAAUCUUACCUUGAAGACUUUGUUGUUGGUACUUCAUUAUUGGAUUUUAUUAAAGGAGAAUUAUUAUCAGCAUCAAAAGAAUAG